UACAAAGGUGCCGCACGGGGACGACGGCGUGCGCCGGCGUGACGCGGCCGCGCGGGAUGGGCAGGGCCGAGGCCUAGGCGGCGACGAGAGCGAGAGGCGGCAGCGGCGUGACGGCGGCCGUUCCACCCGACCGCCAUGAGCACCAAGCAGGUCACUUGCAGGUAUUUUAUGCAUGGUGUGUGUCGGGAAGGAAACCAGUGCCUGUUCUCACAUGACUUGGCAAACAGCAAGCCAUCUACCAUCUGCAAAUACUACCAGAAGGGCUGUUGCGCCUACGGAACUCGUUGCAGAUAUGAUCACACGAGGCCCUCUGCUGCAGCUGGUGGGGCCAUGGGCACUGUUCCCCACGGGGUGCCCUCCCUGGGUUUCCACAGUCCUCGCCCUCCUUCUGACCUCACUGCAUCAAUCGUGAAAACUAACUUACACGAGCCUGGGAAACGUGAAAAGAGGACAUUGGUACUUAGAGACCGAAAUCUCUCUGGCAUGGCUGAAGAAAAGACUUGCCCAAGUGUGGUGAGUAAUCCCGGAGGCUGCAGCGACCCGCAGAACAGCCCGGAGCUGAAGCCGCAUUCCUACCUAGAAGCAAUCAGGAGUGGUCUCGACAACUUAGAAGCUAGCAGCUCCUACAGCAGCGAGCAGCAGCUGUGCCCCUAUGCAGCUGCUGGGGAGUGCCGAUUUGGGGAUGCUUGUGUCUACCUGCAUGGGGAAGUUUGUGAAAUCUGUAGGUUACAAGUCCUGCACCCGUUCGACCCAGAGCAAAGGAAAGCUCACGAGAAGAUCUGCAUGUCAACAUUCGAACACGAGAUGGAGAAGGCCUUUGCCUUCCAGGCGAGUCAGGACAAAGUGUGCAGCAUCUGCAUGGAGGUUAUCCUCGAGAAGGCGUCAGCCUCGGAGCGGAGGUUCGGGAUCCUUUCCAACUGCAACCACACGUAUUGCCUGUCCUGCAUCCGGCAGUGGAGGUGUGCCAAGCAGUUUGAGAACCCAAUCAUCAAGUCUUGUCCAGAGUGCCGUGUGAUAUCAGAGUUUGUAAUUCCAAGUGUGUAUUGGGUAGAAGAUCAGAAUAAAAAGAACGAGUUGAUUGAAGCUUUCAAACAGGGAAUGGGAAAAAAAGCUUGUAAAUACUUUGAGCAAGGCAAAGGGACCUGCCCGUUUGGAAGCAAAUGCCUUUACCGCCAUGCUUACCCUGAUGGGCGGCUAGCGGAACCAGAGAAACCUCGGAAACAGCUCAGUUCUGAAGGCACCGUGAGGUUCUUUAAUUCAGUGCGGCUCUGGGAUUUCAUUGAGAACCGAGAGAGCCAGCAUGUCCACAACACUGAAGACGUCGACAUGACAGAGCUUGGGGACCUCUUCAUGCACCUCUCCGGAGUGGAGUCAUCAGAACCCUGAAGAGUAGGUGGUCGCCCUGCGUCUUCGGCUCCACCAGCCGAGCCUUCCCCAAGCCAGGGUGUGCAGAGCUUCCUUCACAGCAGCCUGGGGUGGCGUGUCACUUGGAUUUGAGUGGGGUUGUACUUAACCUUGGUCUCAUCCACUCCAUUAUUACAGCCAUGGGAAGAGCGAGGAUAUAAAAUAACCUUAACACAUAUAUGGAAUCGCUGCUUCUCUAGUUGCUAUUUAUCUUAGUUGCACCUCAAACUCCUCAGGGGGGCCAGCUGACCAGCCAGAGUUUUCAUUGAUUGAUUCAGACCAGCCUGGCUCCCGUCCUCGAGGACCGUGCAGCUGCCCCUAAAAGCAGCAGAUUCAUUUAUCUUACCAAAGGAUUCCUGUGUGGUGAACCUCCCUAGUAUACUGAAAUAGUGUGGUCAACACUGGAUUUGUACAUUGCUCUUCAAAAACCACGCUGCACACCUUAGCACAAAACUUGACUUAGGGUUCUGCAGUGUCCCAAAUCAGGGGAGAAGUCUUGCUGCGGGACGUUCAGCAGACAGGUAUAAACCUUCUUACCUGGGGGUGGGGGCUCUUGAAGUAGCAGGAAGCAGAGAUACAGCCCCUCUUUUACGGUUGUGUUAGGGUCACAGUCAGUCAGAGUAAUCUUGCACACAUGCCUCCAGGGAAACUCUCACCUGCUGGCUUGUGCCCUGAGGGCUCAUGUGUGUUUUUAUCUGUAAAACCUGGCUUUGAUUUGAAAUUUUAUAAAAACUUAACAGCACCCAAGAACAGUUUCUGGUUCUGAUCUAGCGGUGGUCCUGAAGAGAAUUGAGUACAAGUCUUCUGUCAUCAGUAGUGAUUUUAAUUGAAGGAACAUUCAGAACUUAAUUGAAGGAACAUAACCUUGUGAAUCAGAACUCAAUCCAAGCCUAAAUUAGACAGCUGUAGACACCAAAUGUUUUAUUAAAGAAGAAAGUCUACUCUUUACCUGAUUUGGAGUAAGAAGGGUGACAAAGGCUGAAUUCAAUUCCCAGCAGAGGCUCUGGGCCCAUUCCUGUUUCUUGAGUUCUGCUCCCAAAGGCAUGAACAAAUGGAGUUCAAGCUGUGAGCUCAGGAUUUAAAAGGAGGAAACAGCCAUUAAACCUACAUUUAAUUUAUUUUAUUAAAAUAACAAAUUGAAUAACUGUAUUUUGUCAGGCGCAAUAAAAACAAAAAUUAAACCCAAAUUAUCAAGAAA